AUGGCCGUUAUAAAGCUGUCAAAUUAUUUUAUCUACCCACCGNAGGCCUACACAGAUAUGACUGCAAAAGCACCGUCUCUAUGCGGCCUUGUUCGCAAGACUGUCAAAGAAGAGGGUCUGUUUGCUCUUUAUAAAGGUGUUAAUCCAACUGCAUUACGAGCAGCUGUUGUAUGUGGUGUCGAGCUCCCUGUCUACGACAUUUCCAAAAAGUGGUUGAUCCUUUCCGGCUGGAUGGGAGACACAAAAGAAUGCCAUUUUGUUGCCAGUUUUGCUGCCGGUCUUGCUGGAGCACUGUUCAGCAAUCCCAUUGAUGUGAUAAGGACCCGAUUGUUGAAUCAACGUCGCGCAUUGACUAGUUCUCUAAACCCGCAACUACAUACUCAUCUGUACAAGAACGCGUUCGAUUGUUUCUUUCGAACCGUCCGUAACGAAGGAAUAUUGGCCCUGUGGAAAGGUUUUACUCCAAACUGGCUUCGAUUGGGUCCGUGGAACAUCAUAUUCUUCAUGACUUUCGAACAACUUGGUCAUUUGUCUUUUUGA